ACAGAGAGCGCGGGCCAGAGCAGGGAAAGUCUGAGUCACAGCUCCAGCUCCUGGGGACUGCACAGCUAGCCGGUGGCUCGCGGCUUGGCCCAGUGAAGGGAGAGACACGGAGACCCAGCAGCACAGAGUCCCUGCAUACGGAGCUCACCGACAUGGUCCCUGGGUGCAUGCCAGCAAAAGGAUCCCUGCACGGCACCUCCUGAGAGACACCAGCCAGGCCCAGUGUGGACACUAGGGCACGGGCAGCACGUGGCAUGGAGCUCCCUGAGGUGGAGGACAACGCAGAGUUCCUGGAGAGGCUGAUGGAGGUGACCUCGCGCAGCCUGCCCCAGCUGGAGAUGCAGGAUCAAUACACCAUCAUCAAGGAGCUGGGCAGCGGCACCUACGGCAAUGUGCUGCUGGCAGAGCACCGGGAGCGAGGCAUGGCCCUGGCGUUGAAGCUGAUGCCGAAGGAGAGGACGGAGCGGCGGGAAUUCCUGCGGGAGUACUGCAUUGCGCUCUGCCUGUCUGCCCAUGCCGGUUUCCUGCACACUCUGCCCAUUGCCUUCGAGAGCCCCACCCAUUUUGCCUUUGCCCAGGAACUCGCGCCCGCUGGGGACCUGUGUGCCAUCGUGCAUGAUGGGGUGGGUCUCCCAGAGGCCCAGGUGAAGCGCUGCGCAGCGCAGCUGGCUGAGGCCCUGGACUUCAUGCACGGCAAAGCCCUGGUGCACCGGGACAUCAAGCUGGACAAUGUGCUGCUCUUCGACUGCGAGUGCCGGCGGGUGAAGCUGGGCGACUUCGGGCUGACGCGGCUGGAGGGCACGCCCGUCUGCGCCAUGUCGGGCACUCUGCCCUACGCACCGCCCGAGCUCUGCCUGCUCGAGGCCUCGGAGACGCUGGAGCUGGACGCCAGCCUGGACGUGUGGGCCUUCGGGGUGCUGCUCUUCUGCAUCUGCACCGGCUGCUUCCCCUGGGACGUGGCUGUCAGCGCCGAUCCCCAGUUUGAGGAGUUUGGCGCCUGGCAGAACAGCACAGUGCCAGGGGAGGCGCCGGCGCCCUGGAGGGCUUUCAGCACCGCCGCCCAGGAGAUGUUCCGGCGGCUACUGACCCUCGACCCCAACCGCCGCAGCCCAGCCAUCGAGGUGCACAAGUACCUGCCCCUGGUCUGGCUGGCAAGCAGCCUCCGGGACCCGGAUGGUGCUGGGGCACUGGGGGGCCAGUGGCACAGCCGGAGCCUGGCCAGAGAGCAGCAUGGUCAGGAACAGCCCCGAAGCAGCCCAGGCGCUGCCUGUGGCACAGACUCCCCAACCAAGAGCUCUGCCCAGACUGGGGGGAGCAAGCCCCAGUCCAAAUUGGGAAAAGAGUUCCUGCUGAGGAUCCCGAGACGAAGGGGCAGCCCAGGGCUGCUUUCUGGAGCUGCACUUGCCACAGCCAGAUAG